ACUCCUACCUUUACCAACCUUGACACACAUAUAUAUAUAUAUAUAUAGAGAGAGAAAGAGAAAGAGAAUAGAAAGAUGGAGACUUUUAUGUCUUCAUAGAAACUAGUGAUGUGUGCAAAGAAAGAAGAAGUAGAAAGUUCAGGAGCCAUGAACAACAUACAAAAUUACCAAAGUGACCUAUUCUUCCACCAACUCAUCUCUCAUCAUCAUCAUCACCAAGAUCCUUCUCAAUCCGAAUCUUUCGGAGGUCCGAGCACUAACGUCGGAUCCGGAUCCACUAUCUUCUCUCAAGAUUCCGUUUCUCCAAUAUGGCCUACUUUGGUCCAGCCACCGUUCGAUCCCUUUCAUCAUCCAUCUCCAGCAUCUUUCUACGGGAGUUUCUACCCUAGAAGUCGAGCUCAUCAUCAGGGUUUACAGUUUGGGUACGAGGGUUUUGGUGGAGCCACGUCAGCAACACAUCAUCAUCACGAACAGCUUCGGAUAUUGUCCGAAGCUUUAGGUCCAGUAGUGCAAGCCGGGUCAGGCCCUUUUGGGUUACCAGCUGAGUUAGGGAAGAUGACAGCACAAGAGAUCAUGGAUGCAAAAGCUUUGGCUGCUUCAAAGAGUCACAGUGAAGCUGAGAGAAGACGUAGAGAGAGGAUCAACAAUCAUCUUGCUAAGCUCCGUAGCAUAUUACCAAACACCACCAAAACUGAUAAAGCGUCGUUACUAGCGGAAGUGAUUCAACACGUGAAAGAGUUGAAGAGAGAGACUUCAGUAAUCUCGGAGACAAACUUAGUUCCAACGGAGAGCGAUGAGUUAACGGUAGCUUUCACGGAGGAGGAAGAUAUGGGAGAUUGUAGGUUCGUAAUUAAAGCCUCGCUUUGCUGCGAAGACAGGUCGGAUCUAUUACCGGACAUGAUCAAAACGUUGAAAGCGAUGCGUCUCAAAACGCUCAAGGCGGAGAUAACGACCGUAGGUGGACGAGUCAAGAACGUUUUGUUUGUCACGGGAGACGAGAGUUCGGGCGAGGAUGAGAUGGAAGAGUAUUGUAUAGGGACGAUAGAGGAAGCUUUGAAGGCGGUGAUGGACAAGAGCAACGUUGAGGAAACGUCUUCUUCUGGGAAUGCUAAGAGACAGAGAAUGAGUAGUCACAAUACUAUUACCAUCGUUGAACAACAACAACAUCACAGGUAAUCAUGUUUUAAUCGCGUAUUUACGUGUGUGUUCUAUGGAAAAUUAAUGUUUGUUUGUCACGUUAUACUAUGGAUAUGUGUGUUUAUUUGUGUAUGUGUAACGGAUAUAUUUGUAUCCCUUGGCACUUUGUUUGGUUCUAAAUGUACUUUCUUUUGCUUGUUUCGUUGAGACUUGGGUAUAUGAUUAUUAUUUUUCACCUCUAGGUAUGAGUAUGUAUCCGUCAAAAGAUGAUGCAUAUAGGACUUGCAACAUUUUGCCAUGUGAUUUUGUAUUUUCUUUGUUGCAAU